AUGUCUGAAUCGAAUAACGGGCUUCUUUUUCCGCCCACCCCGUUACAGAUACAGUCCCAGCGGGAGUGGAUAGACGCGGGAAAUCCAGGCCAUGAACGGAUUUUAUUAGUUCCAGAGAUGGCGAGGAGCGGAAACCAGGUGCACCGGACUUUCACAGACCUUUGUUUUGCGCCGUUCCAGCCGCAAGAAGAGCGCCGCAGUCAGCGCCCGUGGGCGUUGACAGGACCACAAGAUGAUGAGAGCCGGGCCAUACGGGAAGCCUCGCGACUGCGACUGGCAGAACAAAGGCGACAGGAGCGGGAGGCCAUGAGGCAACGCGAGCGGGAGGCUAGGAGACAACGUGAGGAAAUAGCAGAGGGACUGUUGGCAGAACAAAGGCAACAGGGGCGGGAGGCUAUGAGGCAACGCGAGGAAAUAGCAGAGGGGGUGUUGGAGGAGCAAAGGCGACAGGAGCGGGAGGUUACACAGCAGCAGCGAGAGACGAUAAGAUGGAUGAAAGAGGAGGAGCGCCGCCGUCAGCAGACGGAGGCGAUUGGGCAACAGGAAGAAGACCGUCGCCGCCAGCACGAAGAGAGGUGUCUACGGCAGGAAGAAGGCCGGCAUCAGCGGGAAGAGGAGAGGAGACGACAACUGGAAGAGGAACGAGAACGUCAUCCGCGAGCCGAAGAGAUACGACAAUGGCUGGAGAAAGAGCGGAAGAAGCGAGAGGAGGUGGCGCGACGUCGAGAAGAGCUAGCAGAGCAUACGAGCCGGGGCCGUCAACGAGCUCGAAGGGCGAGGCAGGAAGCCAAUUCGUCAUCUCCGGAAUGCUUUCCCGAGCGAGAUGGCGACAAUGUUGUGCCGAUCUGCUUCACCUGUCGCGCUGCCUUCGAUCGACACCGGGUUCCGGGCGUCUGCAUGGGUAGUACGAUGGAUAUCGGAUGUGAGCACCGAUACCCAAAGGAACUCCGAGAUCUCACUCCUUUGGAGGAGAAGCUGAUUUCGCUGAAUACGGCCUACGGGUUCAUCACCAAGUUUAACGUGCAGCGCGGACAGAAGACCGGUCCCACAUAUCGGAAGCACGUUGUGGGCCAUAUCUCGGUCUUCCCCAACGAUGUAGAGUCUUUGGCUGCGACUAUAUUGCCGCAUCCACUUGUCUCGUCGUUGGACCAGGUGCAUGUGAUCUGGACCGGCUUAGAGCGGCCGAGGCCUGUGGACGUGAGCAAACUGCUGAGUGUCCGACCCGGCGCCCUCCUUACAGCGCUGCAUUGGCUGCGGGCAAAUAACCCUCUUUACGCGGACAUUGUAAUCAAUGAGGAGGAGAUGCACAGUUGGUCUUUUGAGAAUGGUAGCCAGGUGCCGUCUUUGGCGUACCAACGAAUGGUGAGAGAGCAAGAGACUGCAGAGGAAGCCAUCCGGACAGCACAGAUCGUGCCGCCGACUGAUCGAGGACAGGAUCUCCCGGUCAAGCUAUCGACGGUUGAGGACAUUAUGACGGAAUUAGCAGAUAGAUGCAAGGAAAGUCCUGCUCCGGCCGAGCCCACGCCUAGCGCAUCCACCGCCAGUUUGGAGGAGGCGACGGCUGAAGAAACGGAGGAGCCGGUGUUUGAGUUACGGUCUUCGGCCAUGUUUCCGAUCGACGACCAGGCCGCCUUCGAAGAGCAAGACAAGCUAGAAUUUAUCAGUCUGGCGCUAGAAGCAGAGCGUGAGUCUGACGACCGCUAUGAGGCUAGGGCCGGCGACGCACCGUCUAUGCAGGUCUAUGGCUCCUCGGAACGGCCGUUCAUCCGGAUAUCGCGCGGUAGUGAGUUUGCCGACGCCUUCUCUCCCGACUAUUUUCCCAAGACAUUCCCUUGUUGCUUUCCAUAUGGGCGUGGCGGACCACGGGUGGCGGAUCGUAACGAAGAGGGAGGCUCAGCAAAUCCGCUACUGCGAGAUAUGACGCUAGAAUCGUGGGCCAAGGUUGUCCUGCAGAGACACGGUGGGCAUUUUGGCCAGCACCCCAUGUUUGGGUUUCUCAUCUUCAACAUCCUUGUAAAGUCUCGAAAUCGACGAAUCGGCCAGGGACGCUUGAAGCGGUCGGCUUUCCGACGCAUUGAGGGAAUCCAUCAAAGGCUAACGCCCGAGCGGUUGAGGGAGGCGCAGAAGGAGAUGUCCGAGACGGGAAAGACGACGGACGGAGACGUUCUUGCACUUAUGAAGGAGCUCUCUCUCUACGGUAGCCGACAUCCAUUAUCAAACGAGAGCCGCCUGUCGAUGCGGAAGAAGAUCUGGUCCAUGAUCGUGGCGUUCGGACUCUCGGCUAUCUGGUUUACGCUCAACCCAAACGACAUUAACAAUCCGGUAAGGCUGAAGCUCGCGGCGUACAGGGGACGGGAUGGCGAGGCUGCCAGAGCCUUUCUCAGCGCACUGUCCACGACGCUGCAGAUGACGACCCUCUCGGUGCACGAUCCUCUGAGCUCGACUCUUUUCUUCUUUCGUGAGAUCUCCCUAUUUUUCGAGCACUACGUUCGCGUCGGACGGCCAUCCAUCUAUGGGAACGUGAGUCACUAUUACGCCACCAUAGAGACCAACGACCGCGGGGCUCUCCACCUGCACGGCCUGCUGUGGCUGGACGGGAACCUGGAUCUGGCGAAUCUCGUCCGCGAUAUGGCCAACCCCGACGAAGCGGUAUACCGGUCCAAGGUGAAGAGCUUCGUGGAUGACGUAUUCACCGCGACCCUGGACGAGGCCCUGGCGCAAGAGGCAACGGAGAGUGGCAAGAAGACCACCGUGGUAGAGCCAGAGCUGAUGCACGACGCAGAGUGGCUAUCGGGGGAGUUUGAGCGUGAAGCCAACUUCGUCGCGUCUCGCUGCCAAGUCCAUCGCCAUACCGCUACGUGUGUGAAAUACUCGUUCAAGGAAGUUCUCAAGUCGGGUCCGGAGAAAUGCAAAGCGCAGCUAUGUCGGUUCCGGGCUCCGUGGAAACUCGUGCCGGAGACUAGCUUUACGGAAGACGGCCUGCUCGAGGUGAAACGGGAUCAUCAGAUGGUCAAUCAGUACAACCAGAGCAUGGCCGUGGGUCUUCGGCAUAAUAUUGACAUAUCACCAAUCCUUACGCGGAAAAAGGGGCUGUCGCUCGUCCACUACAUUGGCAACUACGCCUCGAAGCUCCACGCUCCGCAUGUGGAUGCGAAUCGCUCAUGCAGCGGAGCUGCUGGAGUUGGUUUUGCAGCAGCAAGGGGAGCUAGACGGCUCGGCUGCGCCGUCGGCGAUGAGAGAAGCCACCAAAUCGUUCCUCCUGCGAGUCGCAAAUCGAAUCCACACGAGCAGAGAGCUCUCACAUCCCGAGGUGCUUGGCUAUCUGCUCAGCUUCGAGACCGACUUCACGAACGUCACUGCCUGGAGCUGGAUACAUCUGAAUUCCUUGUACUGGGCCUGACUUUGGCGAUCGCUCGAGGGCAGCUGGGCGCCCGAAUCCGCUCACACGUCCAGAAUAUCGCUCUGCUACGCGUCUCGGCGGACGAUGCCCGUGCUGACCGAAAGAUGCAAGGGCUAGAACAGGAAAACGAAGACGUCGUCGACGGGUUUGGCUUUGAGGACCGGGAGGGGGACGAUGACGGCGUCGGACUGGAUGGUGGGGACAUCGAUCCACAGGCCCACUACGAAGCCUUCUUGAAUGUCCUUUCAGCGGUUCGAGGCAGCGAGAUCAAAGAUAUGACAGCGACUUCGGCGCUGAGGCGCUUGGACCAAGAGGCGAGGGCAGUUGACCCAAGCCAGGACGACAACAAUGCUGCCCAGCGUGGUCGCCAUUUCUAUACCAUGCUACAGGACCUCCAAGACUCGCCGUUCCGCGGCAUGGGACUGCCCAGCCGCGAGGAGAUCGACGCGGUAUUGAAGGUCCAGAAGAAAGAGGACAGCAACGUGACGGCGAAGAUCCAGGGCAGGCAAACGAAUCCGUCUUCUGCGCAUGUCGGCGAGCCACACGGGAGCCCACGGUUGCCCGUUCACGGAUGCGAAAGAUCUCCAGAAGGGGUCGGUCCGGGCGGACAGAUGCGGCUCGAGCUCGGACGUUAUGCAACAUACGUCGAUGUGGCCUUGGGCCUCACAAGGCACUGGACCCUGAAUAAGCUCCAGUCGAUGGCAGUCUUGCUACCGGCGGCGUUUCUUGACGAGCGCGGCACACGGCUGCAGGAAGAAGGGGGUCGGCAGCAUUUCCAAUACAUCGGCGGCGAGGGCGGCACCGGCAAGUCUCGCGUCAUACACGCCAUCAAGGACAUGUUCCGGCUGAAGGACGGUCUCCACACGCUGCUCCUGACGGGCGCCAGCGGUAACGCGGCCGCGCUUAUCGGCGGAGUGACGCUGCACUCGGCGGCGAACAUUGCGUUUGAGGGCAGGGCAGCGACAGCAAAGAACGUCUCAGAAGAAGAGAAGCUGCGGUGGAAAAACAUGAUCAUGCUGGUUAUCGACGAGAUCAGCCAGGUGGGCGGUCUCACGCUCGCGGCGGUGGACAGCCGCCUGAAGCAGUACAGAGACGACCACCAUCGACCGUUCGGCGGGAUCCCAAUGGUCAUGUUCUUUGGUGACUUCUUCCAGUUCGACCCCGUCCUGCAGACCAGCCUCCUCUUGCCAACGCCUAGGGACCCCGGUGGACAGAGACCGGACAGCUCGGCAAAGCACUUAGCAGCGCAUAAGCUGUUCCUCCAGUUCGCGAACGUCGUCAUCCUCCGCGAACAGGUCCGCGCGGCCGGCUGUGCAAGGCUGCGGGGCUUCCUCCGGCGCCUGCGCAGUGGGGAGCAGACCGAGCUGGACUUCCAGCGGCUGAGCCAACGCGUCUAUACACCGUCGUGCGAGUCCUCCUUCGUAGACGGCCUGAGAGCCAUCACGCCUCUGAACCAAGACCGGUGGGACCUGAACAUGGCGGCCGUCGUCCAGUGGGCUCGUGCCCACGGUAAGCACAUCUCAGUCUUUGCGGCCAAGCACGAUACUGAGUCGGGGAAGCGAUUGAGUGCGGGGGACCUAUGCCACGUGCUCCGCUACGGAGACGACUCGCAGCUGCCGACCCCCGGCCUGUUCUUCUACGCCCAAGGGAUGCCGGUAGUGGUGACUCGGAACCAGUUUGUCGGGCUAAAGGUCGUCAACGGGGCGCCUUUCAAGGCCGUCGACAUCUUUCCCGACCUCGCCGCCGGCACCAUCGCCCUCGCCAGCGAUGUGACUCUUCAUCUUGGACCGCCGGUGGCCGUCCUCCUCGAGUCAGACGACAGCGCGGGCCUCGCCAUCCCCGGGCUCCCCAAUGGCACCAUUUUAAUCAAGAGCAAGACGGUCGCCAUCCCGAGCCAAAUGCGGGGCAAGGAAGGCAGAUGGAGGGGCAAGCCAGGUUUCAGGUGGGUCACCCACCGAACGGGGCCUCUUUGCACCCCGGCCUUCGCCAUGACAGAUCAGAAGAGCCAGGGCAAGCAGUUCUCCAACGUCCUCGUCAACCUCAAAGGCGUCCACUCCAGCGGUACGGUGACUCGACCCAGCUUCAUGAGCUUGUACGUGCAGCUGUCGAGGGCGCAGAGCUGGGACGGGCUGCAUCUGUUUCGGAAACCGGGGCGUGGCGACUUUAUUGAGCCCAAGAAUGUGCUCGACAAAGACAUGAGGGAGGCCAUCCUCAAGCUGGAACGACGGGGUGAGGAGACCAGACGGCGGUUCGAGCAAGACCACAGGCACGAGUCGUGGUUUCAAGAAUGGGCUGCCAUGCCUGAAUCUGGCCAGGGUACUGAAACCGAUGACGUAGAGGACGCGGCGCUCUGGCGAGACCCUGGGGUUUCCGAGCUCAGAUCGUAG